CCCUUUGACAGGCUGACUGAUCAGCUUAAGAAGGUGGGGUCAGAGGUAUGUCAGUGGCGUUAAUCUGCAGAGUGGACGAUCCACCGCUCUUCACAGAAAUGCUGUUACAAAGGAAACCACCAAAACACAAAGUCUGGUCAAACUGGACCGCUGAGACAUGACCAUCCAUCGGCUGGCCAACCAGCUCUGGAGAUACCGUCUUACAGGUCUCAUGCUGACCUUGGGGGUGACCUGUCUGCUUAUAUUUGUAGGUACUUAUUUGUUGCAGCAGUCAAGCCGCCAUGGUCGACACAAAGGUUGGAACAAGAAGCUGGUGAAGGAUAAAGCGCAACCGGCAGCCAAUCCUGCAGGCUCCUCAAGACAUGACCACCAUUACCAAGAACGCAAAAGCAGAAGUGACACACAUCCCUCUAACGACCAUCAGGCGCCAAAAGAUGGCGGUCCUUAUAACAUGAUGAAGCCGCGGACACAAACACCUCCCGUUGUCUUCCUCAAAACACACAAGACAGGAAGCAGCACCGUCCAAAACCUGCUGUUCCGCAUGGCAGAACGGGACAGAGCCACAUUCGCUUUCCCUCAUCACAGCUACCAGUUCAGCUACCCAGAGAAAUUCAGGGCUAAAUUUGUGGACGAGUUACCCGACGACUCCUCUCAGUACGACCUCCUAUGCAGCAACAUGCGACUGGACGUCAAGCAGCUGAAGCAGGUGAUGCCAGAGAACGCCGUCUACAUCACCAUCCUCCGUGAACCCCUGCGGACAUUUGAGUCCGUCUUCUCGUAUUACACCUCCACGGUUCCCGCUUUCAUUUUGGCCAAAAAGGUAGCGGAGACGACGGGGCACAAGUCGGCAUUGUCUCUUUUCCUGGAGUCGCCCGAUGCGUUCUGGGACCCCAAAGAACCCGGGAAUUGCCUGGGAAGGAACCCGAUGAGUUUUGAUUUGGGUAUCGACAGCCAGCAGUGGAACACCACCUGGAGGACUGACCUCUCUCUGCUCGAGGAGACGUUCCAGCUGGUUAUGAUAGCGGAGCAUUUUGACGAGUCUCUGAUCCUCCUGGGCAGCCUGCUGGAUCUGGACAUGGAGGAACUCGCGUACGUCCGCCUGAACACGCGGUCCCUCCAGGACGUUACUCACCUAGAUGACGACACUAAAGAUCAGAUCAGUGCCUGGAACACUUUGGACGUGCUGCUCUAUGACUUUUUCCUCCAGAUCUUCCUGGAAAAGGUAGAAAAGUACGGGUUGGAGAGGCUGAACAGCGAGGUCGCUCUCCUGAGAGCCACCACUAACAGAAUCAGACGGAAAUGUGUGGCCAGGUCGGGGGUGUAUCCCGAGGAACUGGAGGACCUUGUGAGACCUUGGCAGACUGACACCGUUACUAUCCUGGGUUAUCAGAUACAGAAAAACCUGACCAAGCCGGAGCAAGCGUUCUGCACUCGUCUAGUGCUGCCUGAACUCCAGUACCAUGCACAUCUGUAUUUCCAGCAGUAUGGUCGAGACAUGAGAGCCGUGCCUACAGAGUGAUGUA